GAAGGAGGCGAUUCCCGGUGGGAAGCUCUGGGGUUCCCAGGUCCCGCCGCCUCCUCCUCUCACCCCCCUCCCAGCUCGUGCUCGUGGUGAUUUCCUCGCCGUCAGGUGCUGCCUGGUUACCAUCCCAGCAGCUCCAUCAUCUCCUCCUCCUCCUCCGGGCUCUAAUCCCCGCACACGGAGCCGGGCGGGAGCGGCGGCCGCCAGGAGUUGCUUUGUUGGUGCUGACUUGGCGUUCCCUGCUUCCACUCUGGAGGAGAUGGGUCGCAAGGAAGAGGAUGACAGCAGCUCCUGGAAGAAGCAGACGAGCAACAUCCGAAAAACCUUCAUUUUCAUGGAGGCCCUGGGAUCAGGUGCCUUCUCAGAAGUUUUCCUGGUGAAGCAGAAAAGCACUGGCAAGCUCUUUGCUCUGAAAUGCAUCAAGAAGUCUCCCCUCACCAGGGACAGCAGCUUGGAGAACGAAAUAGCAGUGCUAAAAAAGAUAAAGCACGAAAACAUCGUGACUUUAGAAGAUAUUUAUGAGAGCACAACCCACUUCUACCUGGUCAUGCAGCUGGUGUCUGGGGGAGAGCUCUUCGAUCGAAUUUUGGAGCGAGGUGUUUACACCGAGAAAGAUGCAAGUCUGGUGAUCCACCAGGUGCUGACAGCAGUGAAGUACCUGCAUGAGAAUGGGAUAGUUCACCGAGACCUCAAGCCUGAAAACCUUCUUUACCUGACUCCCGAAGAGAACUCCAAAAUCAUGAUCACGGAUUUCGGCUUGUCUAAAAUGGAGCAGAACGGCAUCAUGUCCACGGCCUGUGGGACUCCAGGAUAUGUGGCCCCCGAGGUCCUCGCCCAGAAGCCCUACAGCAAAGCCGUGGACUGCUGGUCCAUUGGAGUCAUCACUUAUAUCCUGCUCUGUGGGUAUCCCCCUUUCUAUGAAGAGACUGAAUCCAAACUGUUUGAAAAGAUUAAGGAAGGCUACUAUGAGUUUGAGUCUCCGUUUUGGGACGAUAUCUCCGAGUCAGCCAAGGAUUUCAUCAGACAUUUGCUGGAGAAGAACCCAGCUGUGAGGUUUACCUGUGAAGAAGCCCUGAGGCACCCGUGGAUUAAUGGAAAUACAGCCCUUCACCGUGACAUCUACCCAUCUGUCAGUGCUCAGAUUCAGAAGAACUUUGCAAAGAGCAAAUGGAGGCAAGCCUUCAACGCCGCAGCCGUCGUUCACCACAUGAAGAAGCUCCACAUGAGCGGCCACGCGGCGGCCGAGAGCCCCACGCCCGCCACGCCCGGCCCGGGGGCCUCCACGCCCAGCACGCCCUUGGUGGCCACCCCGCCAGCAGCUCCGAGCGAAGACAAGGACACACCACUCCCUGAGGUCCCCACGCAGGGCUGUGCAAACCCUCAGCUGGAGCAAGACACGGGAAUGGGAGAGGAGGAGCUGGGAAGCCACCCGGAGAACGGAGCGUUGCCCGCGGGCAGCAGCCUGGUGCUGCCGGACAACAACCACAGCCCUCCAGGCAGAACCUCCUGUGGCUGCAGCCCGGCCUGUGUGGGGCACGAGAAGACAAAGACAUCCUUCUGCUCCGAGCCGGUGCUGCUUAAAAAACCUUCCAAGUCCCAUCAUUUCAAAACAGAAGUUCUUGUUCCAAUGAAGACCAGUAAACACUCCUCUCACUGUGGCACUGGGCAAACUGGAGUUUGUUUGAUCAUGUGAUGGAGGCAGCUGCUGGGCUCUCCACAUCACCAGUGAAACAGAAAGGGCUGGUUUACUCUUUUCUGCACUUCAAAGCCAGACAUCACCAGUGCAAGCAAGAAAGGAGGCUGUGUCCCACCAGCAGCUCUCACAGAGCAGUGACCAGCUGGGGACAGCAGCACAAGUCCCAGGAAUCCAUCACUGCAGUGACCUCGGGGUGUUUCUGGAUCAUUAGAGCUGGGAGAAGGCAAGGGAAAGGCUGAGGGUCCUGCUGGCAUAUCCAGUGUAUAUUAUCCAUAUGGCAUUGCUCAUGCUACAGGCUUUUGUUUUCCUGUUUAGUUGUCCAAGGCAUAAGUGCACUGCACAACAUCAACCCUCCAAACCAAAGCCAUGCAGAGCUUUACCCAGUGGCAGGGCAGUUAUUUUUACAAUCUUCACCCUCUCCACUCGUUGAGGUUUGGUUAGUCCCAGGCUUUGGGAGUUCAGCAUCUCCCAGCUGCCCACUCAGGCUGCUCAGCUCCCACCACAGCCAUAAGAGGAGAGAGAACCUGCUAGAAACCUCCCUGUGUCUGAUGAGAACACAGCAAGGUCUGAAUCCCCUGCUUUCCGAGCCUGUAAUUGCACAAUAAAUACUUGCUUAAUAAAGCUGGGUUUUGUUUUGUAA